GGGAGGGGGGCCAAGAUGGCGGCGUUGGCGGAGGCGGAGGAGCUGCUGCUGCCGCUCUGGCCCCGGCUGAGGCGGAUGAGGUGGUUUCCUAGCAUCUCGAUGGCUCCCCGGUCUUGAUCUCGCAUCCCUGCUGAGACGUCUCCUCCUCCGAGGAUGUCCAGCUCGGGCUACCCUCCGAACCAAGGAGCCUUCAGCACAGAGCAGAGCCGGUACCCGACCCACUCGGUGCAGUAUACGUUCUCCAGUGGCCGGCACCAGCAGGAGUUUGCUGUUCCCGACUUCCGCACUUCUCACCUGGAGACGACUCAGAUCCUCCAGCAGCAGCAGCAACUCCGGCGGCGGCCCUCUUUGCUGUCUGAGUUUCACCCUGGCUCGGAUCGGCCUCAGGAGAGGAGGUCCGGAUACGAGUCGCAGUUCCACUCCGGCCCGUCACAAGCUGAUCAUGACUCGCUCGAUUCCAAGAGGCCGCGCCUGGACCAGGUCUCAGACUCCCAUUACCAGCGGGUCAGUGCCGCCUCGGUCCUGCCGCUGUCCCACCAGCUGCAGGAAGGGCUGCGUUCGUCGGACUUAAAGAAGGAGCCGGGCUUCGGAGGCAAGCAUGACGGGCCGCCGUCCCCCUUGCCAGGCCAGGCGUGCGGGGAGGACCAGAACGCGUCCCCGUCCAAGCUGUCGAAGGAGGAGCUCAUCCAGAGCAUGGACCGGGUGGACCGGGAGAUUGCCAAAGUGGAGCAGCAGAUCCUCAAGCUGAAGAAGAAGCAGCAACAGCUCGAAGAAGAAGCUGCCAAACCCCCGGAGCCCGAGCGGCCGGUCUCCCCUCCUCCGGUGGAGCAGAAGCAUCGCAGCAUCGUCCAGAUCAUCUACGACGAGAACCGGAAAAAAGCAGAAGAAGCCCAUAAGAUCUUUGAAGGCCUUGGUCCCAAAGUUGAACUGCCACUUUACAACCAGCCGUCGGACACGAAGGUGUACCAUGAAAACAUCAAAACGAACCAAGUCAUGAGGAAAAAGCUGAUCUUGUUCUUUAAGAGGAGAAAUCACGCGAGGAAACAAAGGGAGCAGAAGAUCUGCCAGCGUUACGAUCAGCUGAUGGAAGCCUGGGAGAAGAAAGUCGACCGGAUUGAGAAUAACCCCCGGCGCAAAGCCAAGGAGAGCAAGACCCGCGAGUAUUACGAGAAGCAGUUCCCCGAGAUCCGGAAACAGCGGGAGCAGCAGGAGCGUUUCCAAAGGAGAUCUCCAUUGCAAACUUCGGAGAAGUGUGGCCAAAAGGUCGGUCAGAGAGGGGCCGGACUUUCGGCCACCAUUGCUCGGAGUGAGCAUGAAAUUUCGGAAAUAAUUGACGGCCUGUCGGAGCAGGAGAACAACGAGAAGCAAAUGCGCCAGCUCUCGGUCAUUCCCCCCAUGAUGUUCGACGCAGAACAACGUCGUGUGAAGUUCAUCAACAUGAACGGGCUGAUGGAGGACCCCAUGAAGGUGCACAAGGACAGGCAGUUCAUGAACGUCUGGACUGACCACGAGAAGGAGAUCUUUAAAGAAAAGUUUGUCCAGCACCCUAAGAACUUUGGCCUAAUUGCUUCCUACUUGGAAAGAAAGAAUGUUCCGGACUGUGUCUUGUAUUACUAUUUGACCAAGAAAAACGAAAACUACAAGGCCCUUGUGCGACGGAACUACAGCAAGCGGCGAGGAAGGAACCAGGUGCGUUGCGUUGAGUGUUACGACCCGCUGGUUUUCUCACGACUGAAAAAGCAACAACUCACACGUCCCUCACAAGAAGAAAAAGUCGAAGAAAAAAUAGAGGAGGAGAAAGCGGAGAAAACCGAGAAGAAGGAGGAGGAAAAAAGAGAUGAAGAGGAAAAAGACGAAAAGGAAGAAUCCAAGGAGAAUAUCAAAGAGAAAGACAAGGUCGAGGCUGUCCCUGAAGAGCCGGAGGAACGGGAGCAAGCAGCUCCGCGGGGCCGGAAGACCGCCAACAGCCAAGGUCGGCGGAAGGGCCGGAUCACCCGGUCGAUGACGAACGAAGCGGCCGCCGCCAACGCCGCCAACGCCACCACUGAGGAACCGCCGCCACCGCUGCCUCCCCCACCAGAACCUUCCUCAGCAGAGCCGGUGGAGACUUCCCGCUGGACGGAAGAAGAAAUGGAAGUUGCAAAAAAAGGGCUGGUGGAGCACGGCCGCAACUGGGCGGCCAUCGCCAAGAUGGUGGGGACGAAGAGCGAAGCCCAGUGCAAAAACUUCUACUUCAACUAUAAAAGGAGGCACAAUCUCGACAGCCUCCUCCAGCAAUACAAGCAAAAAUCUUCUCGAAGGCCCCGUGAGGAGCGCGAAGUCUCCCAGUGUGAAAGCGUGGCCUCCACGGUCUCGGCACAGGAGGACGAGGACAUCGAAGCCUCCAACGAAGAAGAGAACCCGGAAGACAGUGAAGGUGCCGAAAAUAGCUCGGACACCGAGAGCGCCCCGUCGCCUUCUCCGGCGGAGGCCGCCAAGCCCUCGGAAGACGCCCCUCCCGAGAACGGCUCUUCCAGGAUCGCCGCCGCCGAGUCGGAGGUUGAGCAGGAACCGGCUGUGACGUCGGCCCCUGCCGGGUCCCCUCCCUCGGUGAACCAGGGCGCGAAGUCGGAACCCGAGAGCACCGGCCUGCAGGUGAAGGAGGAGGCGACCGCUGAGGCGGAGGAGCCGAUGGAGGCGGAGAGCCGCGGCCAGCUGGCUGACACCAAGCCCGUCCUCAAUCUCCCCGCGCACCCCAAACCGGAGCCCGAGGACCCCGAUACGAGGGUCCCGGAGGACAUUCAGGUCAAGACGGAAAACGACACCAAAGAGAGGGACGAGGGCCUCCUGAAGGAGAAGCUGGAGCCCCCUGAGGCGAUGGACUUUAGCCUGGCCCCGCCGGUGGGCCCUCAGAGGACGGACCCCAACUCGGACAACGAUUCCAGCGCCACCUGCAGUGCCGACGAGGACGUCGAUGGAGAGCCCGAGAGGCCGAGGAUCUUUACGAUAGACUCCAAGCCUUCCCUGCUGAAUCCCACGGGGCCGCUGCUCAUCUCCUCCGCGAUCAAGCAAGGGCCGCUUGACCUUCAGCAGCUGCAGCAUCGGGCGGCAGUGAUACCUCCCAUGGUCUCCUCGACGCUGCCCGGGCUGCCCCAGGGCAUCCCCAUGAGUGGCUACGCGCUCUUCCAGCAGCACAUCAAGGCCAUGCACAAGUCCGCCGUGCUCGAGGAGCAGCAGCAGCAGCAGCUGCAGCGGCAGCGGCAGGAGCAGAUGGAGGUGGACUGCCGGCGGUCGGCCAGCCCCUGCGGCCCAGCGAAGAGCCCCAGCGUCGACUGGGACGGGAAGUCCGCGGCCUACAUGCCUUAUGCUGAAGUGAAGCGUGCCAUGGAGCAGGAAGCGCAGAUGCAGAACGCCGUGGUGAGGUCGUCCUCGCCCUAUCGCUUGUCUCCGAGGGAGGUCAGCAAAGCCUCCCCACAGCCAGACAUGAAUCCUGCCCGCUAUAGCGUCCCACCAGUCCUCCAACCUGCUCCACAUCAGGUCAUCACCAAUCUCUCCGAAGGGGUCCGGCCCCCGACCACGCGGCCCACCAGACCGCCGCCCCCACUGAUCCCAUCCUCCAAAACGGUGGUGCCCUCGGAGAAGCCCUCCUUCAUCAUGGGAGGUUCCAUCUCUCAAGGAACGCCCGGCACGUACCUGACGUCCCACAGUCAAAGUUCUUACGGUCAGGAGCCUGCAAAGCCGUGUUCAGGUUCCAUCUCUCUCGGACUGCCGAGGCCGCAGGAGUCGACCAAAUCAGCUUCCAUGCCCUAUAUCAAGCAAGAGGAAUUUUCUCCCCGGAGUCAAAACUCUCAGCCUGAAGGCCUGCUGGUCCGAGCCCAGCAUGAGGGAGUGGUCCGAGGUACGACCACCAUCCAAGACGGAAGCAUUACACGAGGGACUCCAGGCAGCAAAGUUUCCGUGGAGGCCCUGCCGGCCCUGCGAGGCUCCAUCACUCAGGGGACGCCGGCCCUGUCUCAGUCCGGGAUCGCAGCCGACGUGCUGCUCAAGGGAACCAUCACCCGGCUGGCCACGGAGGACAGCAGCCCGGAAAAGUGUCGGGAGGAGUCCGGAGCGUCCAAAGGCCACGUCAUUUACGAGGGAAAGAGCGGGCACAUCAUAACCUACGAUGCCAUUAAGAACGUCCGGGAAGGAACCCGAAGCCCACGGACGGCUCACGAAAUGAGCCUCAAGAGGACCUACGACGCCAUGGAAGGAAAUAUCAAGCAAGGGUUGUCGAUGAGAGAAUCUCCCGUCUCCACACCAUUAGAAGGGUUAAUCUGCCGUGCCCUGCCUCGGGGUAGCCCCCACCCGGACCUGAAAGAAAGGACAGUGCUGUCGGGCUCCAUAAUGCAAGGCACUCCGAGACCCACAGCGGAGAGCUACGAGGAGGGCCUGAAAUACCCAAAGAUCAAGCGGGAGUCUCCCCCGACGCGGGCCUUCGAAGGCGCCAUCACCAAGGGGAAACCAUACGACGGGGUCACCACCAUCAAAGAAAUGGGCCGCUCCAUCCACGAGAUUCCCAGGCAGGACUUGCUGAGCCAAGAAAGCCGUAAGACCCCGGAAAUAGUUCAGAGCGCCCGGCCCAUCAUCGAGGGCUCUAUCUCUCAGGGUACCCCCAUCAAAUACGAGAGCAGCUCCGGCCAGUCGGCCAUCAAACACAACGUCAAGUCCCUGAUCACCGGCCCGAGCAAACUGCCGCGCGGGAUGUCGCCGAUGGAGAUGGUGGUGGAGAACGUGAAGGCGGCGGAGCGAGGGAAGUAUGAGGACCCCAAGGCCGGCGAGGUCCGCUCCCGCCACACCUCGGUGGUCAGCUCCGGGCCCUCGGUCCUCCGCUCCACCCUCCACGAGGCGCCCAAGUCCCAAGUGAGCCCCGGGAUCUACGAGGACGCCAACGCCCGGAGGACGCCCGUCAGCUACCAAAGCCUAUCCCGGAGUUCUCCCAUGAUGAACAGAGUGACGGAAGCCAGCAUGACUCCGAGCAAGGCCGCCACCCACGAGAGGAAAUCCACCCUCACGCCGACCCAGAGGGAGAGCGUCCCGGCCAAAUCUCCGGUCCCCGGAGUAGACCCGGUUGUCUCCCACAGCCCCUACGACCCCCACCACCGGGGCGGGACGCCAGAGGUCUACCGGAGCCACCUCCCGUCACACCUGGACCCGGCCAUGCAGUUCCACCGGGCUUUGGACCCCACCACCGCCUACAUGUUCCAGCGUCAGCUCUCGCCGACGCCCGGCUACCCGAGCCAAUACCAGCUCUACGCCAUGGAGAACACGCGGCAGACCAUCCUCAACGACUACAUCACCUCCCAGCAGAUGCAGGUCAACCUGCGCCCCGACCUCGCCAGGGGGCUCUCGCCCCGGGAGCAGACGCUCGCCCUUCCCUACGGAGGAGCCAGAGGAAUAAUUGACCUGAACAGCAUGCCGCCUGCCAUCUUGGUGCCUCAUCCAGGAGGACCCAGCACCCCGCCGAUGGAGAGAAUCACGUACAUCCCCGGAACCCAGCUUGCGUUCCCAACCAGGCCAUACAACCCGCCCUCCAUGUCGCCAGGGCAUCCUUCCCACCUGGCGGCCUCAGCGGUCGCAAACGCAGAGAGGGAACGGGAGCGCGAGAGAGAGAAAGAGCGGGAGCGAGAACGGGAGCGAGAACGAGAACGGGAGCGGGAGAGGGAGCGGAUCGCCGCUGUGCCCGCCGACCUCUACCUUCGUCCAGGCGCUGAGCAGCCCGGCAGACCCAGCAGCCAUGGCUACGUCCGCUCGCCGUCCCCGUCGGUCCGGAGCCAGGAGAACAUCAUGCAGCAGCGGCCGAGCAUUUUCCAAGGGUCCAACGGGACGAGUGUGAUCACUCCGCUAGACCCCGCCGCCCAGUUGCGCAUCAUGCAGCUCCCUUCCAACGCCCCCUCCAUCGCCCAAGGGUUGCCGGCAUCGCGCUACAACACGGCCGCCGACGCCCUGGCCGCUCUGGUGGACGCGGCCGCCUCCGCCCCUCAGAUGGAAGUCGCCAAGUCGAAGGAGGGUAAGCACGACGGGAGCCGGAUCGAGGAGAACCCGGGCCGCAGGGUGAGCGAGCAGCAGCAGCAGAUGGAGCAGAAGGCGGCAGAGGCGGAGAAGCGGGGCCUGUCGGGCUAUUCCUCCUCCUCUUCGUCAGGGUACUCGAGCGGCAAGUCCCAGGGCCAGUCGUCGGUCUACUCGGAGGCCGGGAAGGACAAAGGCCCGCCAUCCAUCUCCAAGUACGAAGAGGAGCUGCGGACCCGCGGCAAGACCACCAUCACGGCGGCCAACUUCAUCGACGUCAUCAUCACGCGGCAGAUCGCCUCCGACAAGGACGCCCGCGACCGCGGCUCCCAGAGCUCGGAUUCCUCCAGCAGCUUGUCUUCCUCCCACCGCUACGAGGCGCCCAGAGACGCCAUCGAGGUGAUCAGCCCCGCCGGCUCGCCUGCCCCUCCCCAGGAGAAGAUGCCCGCUUAUCAACAGGAGGCCCCCAAGAUGAGCCAAGGAGAAAGAGACUGCAGCCGUCAGUACGAGGGCCCGAUCCACCCUUACAGGCCCCAGCAAGACUCCCCUUCACCCCAACAGCCACAGCAACAGCAGCCCCCACCCCCGCCGCCUCCCUCGCAGGGGGAAGGGAUGGGUCCCGUGCCCCGAACUCACCGCCUGAUUACCCUCGCCGACCACAUCUGUCAAAUCAUCACUCAGGAUUUUGCCCGCAAUCAAGCGUCUUCGCAGGCCUCCCUCCAGACCCCCGCCAGCACAUUCCAGAACUCAGCUCCGACUUCCAUCGCGGCGACAAACCGGGUGAAGCCUUCCAGUCGCUACAGCCCCGACGUGCAGUCCGCCCCCCACCAGCGCCCGGGGUCCCGCGUGUCUCCCGAAAACCUCUCCGAGAAAAGCAGGGGAAGGCUUGGGAAGUCCCCCGAGAGAAGCCACGUCUCCUCCGAGUCGUACGAGCCGAUCUCUCCGCCCCAGGCCAUGGCCACGCACGAGAAGCAAGACAGCCUCUUGUUACUCUCCCAAAGAUCUGAGCCUUCGGAGCAGAGGACGGACUCCCGUUCUCCGGGGAGCAUGAGCUACCUGCCUUCCUUCUUCACCAAGCUUGAGAACACCUCGCCCAUGGUGAAGUCCAAGAAGCAGGAGAUAUUUCGUAAGUUGAACUCCUGUGGUGGAGGCGACUCAGACAUGGCUGCUGCUCAGCCAGGGACAGAAAUCUUUAACUUGCCAGCGGUCACUACUUCAGGUCCGGUCAGUGCGAGGGGUCAUUCUUUCGCAGACCCUGCCAGCAACCUGGGUCUAGAAGACAUCAUCCGCAAAGCGCUGAUGGGUAACUUUGACGACAAAGGGGAGGACCACGGCCUGGUCAUGGGCCAGCCCAUGGGGCUGGUGCCUGGCGGCCCCAAUUCUGCACUGCCGACGAACAGCGAAACCCGGAGGGAAGAGGCGAACCCGUCGCCCAAUCCGGGUGGGGGCAUCGGCAAGCAGAAGCUGAUGGGGAAAUCCAGCAGCCGGAAGUCCAAGUCUCCCAUCCCUGGGCAAGGUUAUUUGGGGACGGAGCGCCCCUCGUCGGUCUCGUCGGUGCAUUCGGAAGGAGACUACCACAGGCAGACGCCGGUGUGGUGGGAAGAGCGGCCGUCCUCGACAGGCUCCACGCAGUUCCCGUACAACCCUUUGACCAUGCGUAUGCUGAGCAGCACCCCUCCCGCCUCAAUGGCCUGCGCCCCGCCGUCCGCCAGCCAGGCCGCAGCUCACCAGCCCAGCCGGAUAUGGGAGCGCGAACCGGCCCCACUCCUCUCCGCGCAAUACGAGACUCUUUCGGACAGUGAUGACUGAACCCAAAUCGGGGUGUGUGUUGGGGGGGUUGGAAGUCUGCUGUGAUUUCCGGCCGGCGGUUCGCUCCUUUUAAACACCCCCCAAGACUUGAAGAGAGAAGGGGCCCUUGAGAUGAAGAAUGAAUAUUUUUUUUUUGCCAGGGGUGGGUGGGUUUGGAGCAAAUCCAGUCAAAAGGCUCUUUCCGACGCGGGCGGCAAGGACGUGCGCCCCGAAGAUAAAUAUGUAAAGAGUUUGUUUUUUUUAAGCAAGAGAGGAAUGGCAUCUUUAUUUGUAAAGAGAAGCAUCGCAUUACGUCUCC